UCCAUUUUGAAAAACCAAAGAGCGAAGUCAAAACCAAAGAACAACUUUGUCUUAUAACUUUGUCCCAUUGAGUUGUUUGAAUUAGAGAGUAUUUUGGAAUUGCAUGCUUUUACAAGUUAAGCUAUGCCUGGAGACCAUCCUUACCUACCAUCAUCCUUACAACUUCCUCACUAUGAGCCAAACACCAAGCCUUUACUAGAAAUACUUGGGAUCUUCUUUGCCAUAGUUACGCUUGUGCUGAUUGCAACAUGGUUGAUACUAGGCAAGAUGCAACAUGGGCGACUAGGAGUGCUACUGAAGAUAAAGCUGAUUUGGCUGGUUGUUAGUGGACUCAUUCACAUGGUUCUAGAGGGUUAUUUUAGUGUAUUUCACAGGACCUUGGCUGGAGAGCAGACUCUUCUUGCUCAGAUGUGGAAGGAGUAUGGACUUGGUGACAGCAGAUACAUUGCCAGUGAUAACUUCACAGUGUGCAUGGAGACAAUCACAGCAUUUAUAGAUGGACCCCUUUGCAUACUAACUACAGUUGCAUUCGUUAAAUCACAUCCUCUCCGCUACCCACUGCAGCUCACUGUAUCUCUUUGUCAACUCUAUGGCGAUGUCUUGUACUUCAUGACAAGUUAUUUUGAUGGGUUCAAACAUGGAGAGAUGUGGCAUCCAUUGUAUUUCUGGUUUUAUUUUGUAUUUCUCAACAGUAUAUGGAUAAUUAUCCCUGCAAUUUUAGUAGCAGAUGCAUUCAGGAACUUAAUGGUAGCACAAGAGAUUUUUGAUAAAAAGAACAAAAUUGAAUCAUUUGCACCAAAAUCUAGAAAUCCAAAGAAGAAAAAACAAUACUAGGUCUAUCCUAUAGUUUUCAAAUCUCAAUAGUUGGAUUUACACUAAAUUAAAAUCCCUGCGACGUCUUGGGUAAAACGUUUUA